AUGGCAAAAUUUGACAAGGGUAACAGCCCUGCAGAGGAUGUUUCUGGUAACAGUCGACCCUCCAACGUGCCAGGACAACCUAUCCACACUGGAUUAGAGAUGAGGAAAGCAGCACUUGAGAAAUGUGCAACUCAAGGAAAUGCAAAUUUCCCUGCAAGUUCCAGCACCUUUCACAAAUCUGUUCAUCCUAAGCCUCCGCUGGGGGUCAAGCCUUCAACUGAUGAUAUAAGACAGAAGGAUCAAAAGCCCCCGUAUUUGAAACCAGUGGCACAAAGGUUUGGGGUUCAGCUACAGGCAAUUAACAGAGAAAAUGACGGAAGAGCCGGAUGCACUAAAGCCCCCACCAAAACCAGUGACUUAGCAGAAGAAGAGCCAAAGCCUCUGUAUCGAAAACAUGCCGGAAACAAGUUCAUUAACUCUGCUCCUCAGGAGAAAGAAAAAAAUCCUCUGGGAACAAAACCAAAUUCAAAUUUUGCACCACAGGACAGGGAGGCAACACCAUCAUUUUCAAAAGUAGCUGCAGUUAAGGAAAAGUUCAUGCCUGCAACACAAGAAAAUGAGCCCAAACCUCCUUUCUGUAAACCACCUAUUGCACAGAAAUCUUCUCUAAACUACGAGGUCUCUCAUAAUGAAGACACUUCUAAGAAAAAUGUUUUUCUGCAAAAAGGACUAUCAGGCCCUAGACCGAAUAUACACUCAUUUAAAGGAGCAACGGAAAUGGAUGAAAAUAGUAGCUGUGGUGCAGAAGCUGCAGGCAGUCAUCUUUCUAACAUAGCACUGAAGCCUACUAGCCACCGGCCCAGCUUGUCUCAAGGCAACCUCAAAAACGUGGAGAAAAAGACUGAAGAAGAGGGAAUGAGUGCUGCCAAGAACAUCUUUCUCAACAAAAUCAUCCAGGAAGAAUCAGGUUCUUCUUCUUCUAAGUUCCGCAAGAUGAAUGCAGCACUUGCUGCAGGAAGGCCAUCAGGUGGAUCACAAGAGAAAGAGGACGGGGACAGGAGCUCAGGAACCCCCAAGCGGAAACCUUUGCCCCCACUGUUCAAGCUGGGCCAGCCCCCGCAGAAGCCCAGCAGACCCCCCAGCGUGGACCUGGAAAGGUUCCAGAAGAACAGCCCAAAAGAGGGCCCUAAAAAUGAAGGUUUGAAACAGAUAGGACCUUCCUCAGCAGCACUCUCCCCACCUGUACCUCCACCACACUCUGCUACGCAGUCACCACCUCCUCCACCAGCCUCUCACCCAUCCCUGCAGCCCCCAGCAGCUCCAAGCCUGCCGCCCAGAAACAUCAAGCCCAGCUCUGAAGCAAUAAGUCCAGACAAUGAAGAAAAUUAUGAUGAUGUUGCAUUUGUUUCACAGGGUAAGAUGGGUCAUGGAAAUGCAGAGGGGGGCCAAGACAGUGAUGGAGAGAUGUAUGAAGACAUAAAUGACAUCAGAUCUUCAAGGGGAAAAGAGAAGAAGCAGGACAAAGAAGAGAAGAGAAGAAUGGACCAAGAGAAGAAAGAACAGAAGGAAAAAGAAAAGAAAGAGCAGGAAAUAAGGAAGAAGUUCAAAUUAACAGGACCCAUCCAAGUCCUUCAUCAGGCACGAGCUUGUGUUGACCACAAGGGAGGGAAGAAUGAGCUGACUGUCAAACAGGGGGAUGAGAUUGAAAUAAUUCGCCUCACAGACAACCCAGAAGGAAAAUGGCUGGGCAGGAUAAAAGGAUGUUAUGGAUACAUUAAAACAACCAUGGUGGAGAUUGAUUAUGAUUCUUUGAAGAGAAAGCAACCACCCUCUACCAGAGCUGCUGUGAAACAUCCAGAGAGUGACCAAGAAGUGUACGAUGAUGUUGGAGAGCAGGACAGUAUUAGCAGUCAGAGUGGAGGUCAAAGUGGAGCUGGAAAGACGUUCCAACCUCCUCCUUCUGAUCAAGACAUUUAUGAUGGGGUUGAUGACGAAGGUGCUGUAUCUAGGUCUGUAUCACAGGAUGAAGAUAAGAAUGGUAUCUGGUCGUGGGGCAUCUUGAAGAGGCUAAAGGCCAAAGAUGACAAAAAGAAAAGUGUACGAGAGAAAACAGCCAAAGUCAAUGGGGCAGAAGAUAAUGGAGAUUUGUUCAUGCCUCCUUCAACAAAGCAGUUUGGAAAAGAUUGUGAAGACAAUGAUGUUUAUGACGACAUAGAUUCUUCAGACUUCCCUCCUCCACCACCUGAACUCAGUUCACCAAAAUCAGCAAGCCUUGGAAAAUCUAAGUCAGAUGAACAAGAUGCACAAAAGCGUAAAAAGAUAGAAAGAGAAGAGAAAGAGUUCAGAAAAAAGUUCAAAUUUGAAGGUGAAAUUAAAGUUCUUUACUCUACCACCACAGUCCAGGAUUUGCCCCUGAGAAGACGAGGACCUAAAGACUUAGAAGUUAAACCAGGGGAGUCUCUUGAAAUUAUAGAAAGUACAGAUGAUACCAAAGUCCUGUGCAGGAAUGAAGAAGGAAAAUAUGGCUACGUUCUGAGAAGCAACUUAGUUCAGAAUGAUGGAGAGAUUUACGAUGAUAUUGGUGAUG